GCAUCACGUACUGACAGCUCUGGUAUUGAUGUUGGGGGGACUAAGGAAAGCAGAUUCUUUUCCAAUCAUAUUUGAACCCCACAUUAGAAGCACGCAGUACAUUCGUCGGGGGCAAGAUGUUGUCCUGAACUGCUCAGCUGAAGGCAACCAAGUAUUGAGGUACAGUUGGAUGGUAUAUGGACAACGAAUACAGUCAAAUGGGCAAUAUGGAGCACUGACCAUAAAGGAAUUUACACUUCGUAACCAGAGUCACUACACAUGUCGGGUGGACGAUAAUGAGGGCUAUGACGUCUCCCCGGUGGUGUCUCUGGUCCUAGCGCGACUGGAGCAGAAAUGGAAUGUUCCGGUGAGAAACGUGACGAAGCCUGAGAUGCGUCCUAUGUCACUAACCUGUAAUCAUCCCCCCUUCUGUGCUCCCCCAGGGAAGUUCAAUUGGUUUAAAAUUGAAGGAAAGACACCAAGCCAGGUCAUGAUCAACAAGAGGAUUAUGAUUGACAAUAACGGAACACUUCAUUUUGCAUUUGUUGAAGAAAAGGAUGAUGGUAUAUAUCGGUGUGGCAUCCACAAUACCGUUAUGGAUAAAACCAAAUUAGGAAGCCAAGUGAAUGUCACCGUCCGAGCACGUCCAGAUGUUCGAGAGAUUAUAAAUCUGACUGGUGGAAUCUCACCAAGAGUCAUCUCGUACAGCGCCACGACGACUGUUGUAUUAGGAUCAGAAGCCAAGUUGGAAUGCAUUUUCGGCGGGAAGCCCAUUCCUACGGUAACGUGGACUCGUAAUGGACAAAACACCAAAGAGUAUCUGAAAACCCAGCUCAAUGGUGGAGCUCUGACAAUACAGAGGGUGCGUGAAAGCGAUGGAGGGAAUUACACGUGUUCAGGCAUUAAUUCCAAAGGAAAAACGUCCAAAUCAAUUCAAGUAAACGUUGUUUCGGGUCCAAUUUGGAAGAAGAUGCCAACUACAAAGGAUGUUUCGGAAGGACAGGAUGUAACGUUUGUAUGUACAGCUAGAGCCAUUGGCCCCACAUCCCCCAUGAUGACCCAAUGGAUUCAUGACAAGGGAAUUAACAGGAGAGGUAUCGCUUUAAGCCGCGACAAGUCAGAGUUGACUUUCCACAACGUCAAUGGAGGUACUGAAUGCAUCCGGUGUAACGUCAGCAACAACAUCGACUUUAUCACAAAAACAGCUUGCUACAAAGUUAUCAAAUCAAGUCCAACACUACUAAUUAUAGUGACUGGCUGUUCGACAUUGGCCAUAAUUCUACUAAUUAUGGUUGUGAUGUUCUUUGUGAUUUACAAGAAACUAAAAGAUUUAGGGACCGCAAGGUUCCGCCUCCCGUCCAUGUCAUCCAGACAAAGGAGAAACACAGGAGGAACGACAACGGUAGGAAAUACCACAGCAGGAAAAAGUACAGGUUAUUUGGAAAUUCAGGACAUGCCCAGUGCAAACUCAAAGUAUAGACUUUCAGAUAUUUUUAAGCAAGAGUUGAGGGGCGUUCCUUUUUACCAGGUCCGUAAUCAUACAUCUGAUGACUUCCUUCACGACAAAACUCGAACAGAUAUGAAUGAAUCCGAUUUUCGACCGAUUACAAGACACAACUCAGAUAGUUGUUUGUCGACCCGAUCAAGCUACAUCCAUCCUAAACACAACUGGAAGACGAACAGACACAUGUUUGGUUCAUUUAUGACUGUUGACAGAAUGGUCAACGCAUCUGGUGACAACAGAGGAGACGAGGGUUGCAGGAACUUUGCAGAAAGAUCUAAAGAAGCUCAAAACGGGGAGAGUCGAAAACAAAUCAAGAUGGACAUAGCAGGAUGCGCACACAGCAGUGGAACACAUGAGGAAAAUACACAGGAAUACAAACCUCGGUCAGACGGUCAGUGGAACGUAGAGAAACGCGACAACGAAGCUCGUCCGACCAAAGGGCAAGAGGCAAGGACUCGGGCAGAUAGGCUUACCCGUGGAAAAGAACGCAACCAUGAACCGCGUGCGGUAAAAGACCAAAGAGAAAAAAACCGGUUUGACAGGGAGCCGCAUGUUGAGAAUGUAGGUGAAGCGCCAGUAUCAAGAAUUCUACAAAAUCCCCACUUCGGCCAAGAUGCAACCUUGAUAGAAAAAGAGAUGUUGCGUCUAUGUUCAGACUUUGAAAUGUGUCCUGAUGAAAAUAGUCCCUGAACAGGAUACUUCAGAAUGAAGAAAUAUCCAAGGUUAAUAUUGAUAUUAUUGUACCUGCCUCAAUAUCAUAUAUAUGUUCCGAAUAAACAUAUCGGUCCAUGUCGUAUUUCUGUCAGAAAACGCCCCAAAUAAACUGCUUUACUUGAAGUUUGUAUAUAUGGUGUUGAUGGUAAUUAUAUGUAACAGACAGACAUACAGAUUUAUUUCGUACAUGUGGCCAUGAGGCCAAUAGUACAAUGACAUUUUGUCGUAGGAACAUUCGUGAUGGAGCACCACUUCAAUAUUAAUUGGAUCUGAACAGAGGUGCACUUUUGGGUUUUAUUAAUAUUCAGUGUAUCAUCUUCUUACAAAAAACUGCAAACUGAGAAGAAUAUGGAAAUUUUUGCUGUUCAUUAACUUACAAAUUUUCUCUCUCUCUGUUACAUGUAAUAGUAGUUAAGCAGGUGUUUGAUUGUAUUUUCUUCAUUACACUGGACAUUUUAAUAACACAUGAUAUUCAUCUUCUUGGUAAUUUUGGCAGAAAGGACAAACUGAUGUUAAAACAUCAUUAUCUUUGGAAUGCCUGUAUAAUUGUAUAUUGAGGGUAUGUAUAACGCACCUGAACUUCGUUAAACAUCUGCGUAAACAUAGAUCGAAAAGUUGUUAAAUACAUUUCUGGUAUUAUUUCUAUGUUAAAAAAUGGAAUAGGCAUGACCAGCCUCACCAAUACAUAUCUUCACAUUGUUGUACAUUUUUAUAGGUAACAAACUGCUUCUGUUUCAUAGAUCUGCAAUUUUAAUAUAAUGUAAACACGAGUUGAAGGGGCUGACUGGCACGUGUUUGUUACACUUUUACAUCUUGUUCAAGUUUGGAGCUUUCCUGUUUGUUUUUUGUUUGUAGGUUGGUUUAACUACCCUUCUUCCAUGUUGGCGGAAUUGAAGACCAAUGUCGAAUGACGUCACGCUACCUCAUUGACGUAAUCCAUUGUUGGUUACGUGUUUCACACUGACCUCUAUUGUGUU